AUGUUAAGAUACGUUACUGAAGAGGAUUUGGAUCAGCUUUUUAAACAGCAAAACGUAUUAGCUACUGAAUCAAUUGCUAACAACGCUACAACUUCUAAGGAACAACUAACUAUUGAACCAAAUGAAGAUAACACUUCGACUUCAGCUAUUUUAACACAUGAAUUAUCAGCUGAACCAUCUGUUGCAUCAGAAAUUGAAUCGGUUGUGAGAGUACAGGAAAUGAUUUGUAUUGUUUGUGGACAAGAAUCUACAGGAGCACAUUCAUGUGACAUUUGCGGAAAUGCCGUUCAUGCAAUAUGUGGCAUUACGACAAGCGAAGAAGGAUAUAGGUCGGGAGUUCUAUGCUUAUUAUGCCAAAAAGAAGAGAACAUUAAAAAGCAAAGGGAAGAUGCCUUACAAAAUUUAAAAUAUCUGCUGCUAAAAUGA